CCCUUCGAGGCUUUCAAUCCUGGGGGUAAACCCUUUAAAGAAAUUAGAGCAUAGGGAUGAGCCCUUCUGAAUGGAACACAGAGGAAGAAGAAUGACCGUUAGAGGGCAGCUCCAACCAUAACGCGUUCCCUCAGUCAGAGCGGCUUUGGUUGCCUCCUCGCUUCUCUGACGUCAUAGACACACGUCGAGAGAAACGCGGGAAAACUGCCACAGCAGAAUGGAUCCAGCGGAGGUAGAGUUUCUCGCUGAGAAAGAGAUGGUAAAAAUAAUCCCGAAUUUCAGUCUCGACAAAAUCUAUUUGAUUGGGGGAGAUCUGGGUCCGUUUAACCCGGGUCUGCCAGUGGAAGUCCCCGUGUGGUUGGCCCUCAAUCUUAAACAGAGACAGAAAUGCAGGAUAGUUCCUCCGGAGUGGAUGGACACUGACAAACUAGAGGAGAUCCGUGAACAGGAGAGAAAACUAGACACUUUUACUCCUAUUCCGAGUCUGUAUUACAUGGAGCUAACCAAAUUAUUACUCAACCAUGCUGCAGAUAACAUCCCCAAAGCCGAUGAGAUUCGAACCCUAGUGAAGGACAUCUGGGACACGCGUGUGGCCAAGCUAAGACUUUCUGCGGAUAGUUUCAUCAGCCAGCAGGAGGCUCACGCGCAGCUGGAUAAUCUCACGCUAAUGGAGAUCAACACCACACGCUCAUUUCUGCUGGACUCUCUGAACUACAUGUAUAAACUGCGCUCAAACCUGCAGCCGGGCAGAAGUCAGGACUACUGAGAUGUUCCCAAAUAAUGGAGAAAUUCUCUACCAGAUCGAUCUGUUAUUUUUCAGCCUUGAAAUGUUUUGACCAUUUUUAUUUGUGUUGUCUAAAUAAAUUUGUACACCUGUUUU